AUGCGGACCCUCGUCCUCUCCACCUGCUUCUCCUUUUUCUCCAUAUUUACACUGUUCAGGUAUUCAACAAGGGAAUCAGAUGGAUUUGUGAAAUUUUCAGUUAUCUUCCAUCUUUCUUCCAACAAGUGGCCACGAUUCAAGAAACGCUCAAGUCGCAGUUGUCUGAGUUCGAGCAGAUUGAAACAGCCGCUUGGGAGAUGCUUCGCGACGUCGGGGGAAGUCAACGAAUGAAGAGAGCUUAUCAGAACCGCUACAGCUACUGCGAGUGCGAGUACAUCAAUGAUUGUCCACCUGGCCGAAAGGGGAAUCGAGGUUUACCUUAUUCGCUACAAAGUGGAUCUUUUUGGAUGUGGAAUUGCUCAACGUCUCGCGGAUAGUUCAUUCACAUGUAGAAGGAAUUUUCUAUAAUAUUUUUUUAGGAGUUAUAGUCUUUGGUGAAACGUUUGGCAGGGUGUUCAAUGAACCUCGAAACGUUUAUGAAGUUGCUAAUAAAUAAAAUAAAGAUUUUCGGACAAGCUGUAGCUGAACUAACUUCUUUGAACAAUUUUUGAAAAUAAGCUUCACUGGACGCUCCGCAAAAGUCCGUUCCAGGACCUCCAGGACAGCCUGGCUACAACGGACUCCCGGGAGAACGAGGGCACCCUGGCUGUUCAGGAGAAGUUCCUCUGGCCAUGUCUCGCAUUAUCGAAGGUUGCCGAGUUUGUCCAUACGGUCCGAAGGGUAAAACAGGCGAGGAAGGUGAAGAAGGACCACCGGUUCGAUAGAAAGACCUUUUCUUACCCAAGGAGCAAAACUUUAGGGUCAACCUGGCUUAACAGGCCGGAAUGGCGUUCCAGGAAGGCCAGGAGAACGAGGCGCCAUCGGUGAGCCUGGAGAGCCUGGAUUCCCUGGCGCAAAUGGACUUGUUGGUCAGUUUUUCAAUCUCAGGUUCUCGUCUUUACAGUUUCCUUUUUACAGGGUUUCCUGGUAAAAAUGGUUCCGACGGCACCAUUUACAUCAAGGGAAUCAUCGGAGAGAACGGAGAACGAGGUAGUGAAGGACCGCCCGGAAAUCGAGGACUACCUGGAGAAAAAGGCCUCCCUGGACCAGAAGGACCGAUCGGACUGCGAGGGCCGGUCGGGCCGACAGGACUUCGAGGCGAAAGAGGUUCGAUUUGAAGAAAGUAGCUGAAUGAAUACUUUGUUUCAGGCUCUCCAGGAUUUGUCGGGCCUCCGGGAAGCCUUGGAAUCGACUCGACGUAUUGUCCUUGCCCUCCGAGGUUCAUUCUACCAAGAUGAAUAAACAAUUUGUUGCUUUUUAAUGCAAAUUCAAGAAAAAAUUGGAAAAAAUCUUCAAAACAGCUUUUGGCUCUGAGAUUCAAAGGUUUCGAAUAGGUUCCUAUUUCAAAAGAAUUUUUCAACGAUUCAAGUCCCAAAAGUUUGCCACGUGUCUGACCUACACUGAUCGUACAAUUGUGUGUAAAUAAAAUCCUAUUAGCGACAAAAAAGAGCCGCGAAAAGCCGUGUCUCUGCGCGCUUAUUGUCGCAAUUAAUUAGCCGUUUUGUUUGCCCAACUUAUUACGGUUGUGAUGGAACGGGACAGAGUUACGUCGGUGUGUCUGGUGUCGCCAGACGUCUUCUGCGAGAUCCAGAAAGUUUUUUAGCGUUUGAAUUCAUUUUUGAUAGUUAUUCAAAAAUGAAAAGAACAAAAAUAGAGAAGUUAGUGGAUGGAAGAAAGCGCAUAAGAGAAAAGGUCCAUUUUAAAAUCAAGUUUUAUAUCUGAUAUCCCAAGGUAUCCUUCUGAAACGUUUUAAAAACUUUGAGGACUUUGUUAAACUAUUUUUUUGCCAAUAAAUUAGUUUUUUUGUGAAAUAAAGUAGUUUUUUUGGAGGCGAGAGGGAAGUGUUCAGUAGAUCAACGCUUCAAGACUUAAAAUAUCAAAACAAAUUAAACAAGAAUCAUGGCUUUUUUUGACGGCGCUUAUGCUUCAGCUUGCCUUCUCGAACCUAUCACAACCUACAAGGAUGCGAGCAACCAAAUCACUCAAGUUCCCACUUUCAGAACCUUUUAAAAUCCUGCCUAAUCAAGCCCCAAUUAAGCUUCGUGGCUUGCGUAACUGGGAAACUCACCUCACUGGACACAAAACAAAGUAUUUUAUCGUCGGAUGGCGUCACCAUUCAUUUCGUGCACCUGAUGACAAGUGUGUGAGCCAAAAUGAGCCGGCCGAGUUCAAGUGCCACGGCCGCGAUUAUCCCUUCCAAGGUGUGUGCCGCCGGUGGCUGACCCCAGCCAGAGGCCCAUGCAAAUUGCCUCUUCUUCUCGAGAGUUGAUGCUAAAAUGCGCUGGAAUCGAAAAAGUUAACAAGGUUUAACAGUUCUUUAGGUUCUAUUGGAAUUCCAGGAUUAUAUUCUUCAUGGGCUCACAGGGAGGGUAAUUUCACCUUGCGGUUGGGAACUUUCUGAAAAUUGGCCAGAAAACUCCUUGAUGUACCAGAAAAAGAUCUUAUAAGUCUCAACCUGCACAACUUCCUAUUUUUCGAGAAAUAAGGACUUGAUGCCUCGAAAUAGCCUAUUUUCAUGGAUUUUGAGGCGAAAACCAAGGAAAUUGUGCAGGUUGAGAGGUUCAGAAUCGUCUUCUGGUACAUCAAGAAGUGUUCUGGUCAAUUUUUAAGAAAAUCAUAACCGCUAAGUGAAAUGACCUCCCUAGUCAGGAAAAUUAGAUGCUCUGCUCAAUUUUAUUGUGGAUCUUUGAACUUCUAAUUUAAACUGCAGCGAUUUUUGAACCAUUAGCUUGAAGCGUCUUUUUGUCAAGUUUGACUUUUUUCAUUCUGAUGGAAAACUUCUCCACAUAGCGCCCAAAGACUUCAACUCGACAAAUAUUUUGAUUCCACUCCUGACAACCCAAUUAGAUUUUCCUACUAGACAUACUUUUCAGCCACUUUAACGAUACAUCGAGGCCAAAUUUAAAAUAAUUGGCAAGAGCGACGCGAAAAGCUGCCCUAACAUGAGGAGGUUACUGUCGUUUCCGGACUCAUUAAUUUGGUUCGAUUCUCGGCUAUUCCUUUCACCGAUUUCACACCUAAUUGCGAGGCCCAUGGAGCAAAUAUUGUUGAAGUUAAAUGGCCAAAGUUCUUGACGAGGCUUCGAAAUGAGGUUUGAUUUUAGAGUCGUCUACAACAAUCUUCCACAAAGUCGGAAGCAUCAUUCUCAACAGAAGAAAAUUUAAAAUCUUGGCGUUGAAACGUAUUGCGACGAGUUUUGUGAGUUUUAUUCAAACUUCAAGAAUGUCAAAGUGCUCCUUUUAGAGGAAACCUUAGGGACCCUCCCCUUAAGGGGCCGCUAAAGCUUGCAAAAGUGACCCGUAUAGAGGACAUGCUAGUUGUUUUUUGUUAUGAACUAUACUAGAAGAACCAUUUUCAUGCGAAAAACUCAAUAAUUUGACGUUAUUUGAAUGAAAUUGAAAGUCCACUAUAGGGUCCACUUGAGCUUUAGGGGCUAAGGGAUCAGACCCUGAUCCCCUAUAGGGACCAAUUAAGCUUUAGAGGCUGAAGGGUCAAACCCUAAACCCCUAUAGGAGCCCCCUAAAUGUUACCCCUAUAGGGAUUUUUUUUUCGUACCCUAUAGCCUAUAUAUAGGAAAAAGGCCCCUAUAGCCUAUAUAUAGGCUAUAGGGGCCUUUUAUCUCCUAACCCCUAUAGGUACCACUCUGACGCUCCUAAGAAGAUGAUAAAAUACACUAUGCUUUCUUAGGAGCUCCAGAGUGGUCCCUAUAGGGGCAAGCUGAGAAGCCCUUGGGGAUCCCUUCGCCAACCCAUAUAGGGGCCACUAAAGCUUGCAAAAAUGGUCCCUAUAGGGGUUUUAAUUAGUGGACCCUAUAGGGACAUGCUGGUCGAUCUCUACGAGAAGAAGCCUUUCCAUGCGAAAAACUAAAUAAAUAAGCGUUUUUUGAAUGAAGUGAAAGACCCUAUAGGGACCACUUGAGCUUUAGGAGCUAUGGGGUCAGACCCUAAACCCCUAUAGUGACCACUUUUUCGGCCCCUAUAGGGGCUGUUUUUUCAUUCUAACCCCUAUAGGGACCUCUCUGGGAUUCCUAAGUAGCCGGGUGUGGAAACCGGAUCUCGUGAAAGUUCUACUGGUCAUCGCCGUAAUUGAACGAAGGACAUCUGGAAGCGGUGUCGAUGUGGACGACCGGACGGACGACGGACCAAUUGCUCCCAAGAAGUGCCAAUAUUUUGGCAACAAUUUACCGUAUUGCACAAUGGCUAUUAGAGGGGCGGCCAACAUGUUCACACAUUUCUCGCUUUUCUGCUCAAGCCAUUGUUUCGAUCCGCGUGUCGCAGGCUGGAAAAACGGUCAUUCCAGAUAAUUGCCUGGGUUCCGGUCUCAUUUUUUUAGAAUUACGAAGUUUCGUAGAUCUUCUAGACAGCUGACGUGGCUACAAUUUUCAAAGUGAAGGUUUUAUAGAAAAAAAACCAUUCAAAAAUUUUUUGAUAAUUUGGGGACGCAAAAAAUCGUGACCUGUCUGCGCUCUCCACCGACCAGGCACUGUCUUUUUUUUAGAAAUCGUGGUAGGACCUUUUUUUGAUGAUCCAAGCCAGCUUUUACUACGAACAGUACAAUAUAAUUAAUGUGUUUGACUUCUUCCAGCUCUCGGAAAUCAUGAGAGCAUAAUAAAUUUUGAGCCUAACUUCAAAUAAAUACGAAACUCUUCGCGUCGAUGUUUUUUUGCCAAUUUCUGUCUAUGCUCCUUUAAAAUCUCCGAAAUAAUUGCUUUUAAAGUAAAGCCUGUGUACCACGACUUGGAAUUUUACCGAACGACAUUCCGCUGUUACGCUGUGUGUGUUCGCGAACCUUAGUCGUGCUUACAAUUUUUUUCUUUUAUUGAGGUACUCUACUUUCAUGCGACCCCACAGCAAUAACAAUCAAUUUAACCUAGAUUCGAAAAACGCUUCGCGAACGCACGAAGCGGAACAGCGGAAUGUCGUUCGGUGAAAUUUCAAGUCGUGGCACACAGAAUAUACAGUACUCUGAAUAAUUUUUCAAAGACGACAAGAUUGGCGUAAAAGCUUCUCCGACCCAAAAACACGUUCAAAACAAAUCAUAGCCUAUGAUUCAUAGGGUUUUGUCAAAUUUUUUUUCGCACAAUUUCAAAAAAGCCACCGUAAGAUUGUUGAUUAGUGUUGGGCCGCACAUUAUGUGGAAGUUACAGAGGAGAAGAUGUCAAAGACGAGGCUGGCCAUAAUAAUUUGGUUGACGAGAAGCUUUCAAACACUUUUGGCAAGCGAAGAAAAGUCAGUCGCGAAUAAUGCAAUAAGUGUCCGCGCCUAUUUGGCUCAUUCAUUUUCCACUCGAGGCUUCCCCCAGAACUUCUGAGCAGAAGUAACGUCGUCAUCGCUUUUUUUUGUUUCGGAAUAAUUGCUAGGGCAGGUGCCAAGUUGGUGGGUACAAUGGAAGGGUGUCGAGUUCUAAGGGCGAGGCGAUAAGUCCGUCUUUUCUCUUGUUCUCCAGAGUCAGUGGGUGGUUGUUCCAAGUUUUGCGGCGACAUUUCUUUCAUCUCUGUUAGAGUUAGGAGUCGGAAGAAGAAGAGGUCGAAAGGAAGAGAAGAUGAAGCUUGAAAAGUUAUCAGGAGCAUAUGACAACGCUAGGAACUAAAAAAAAUACUUCAAAAUCCUAAAAUUUGGCUUUUUAUCACUGUCUAUCUAUCCAGGACUUCUUUGAACUUUAAAAAAAGCUUUACAAAAAAUUCUUUCAGACUUCUGUCAUUAAAAAACAAAUCCAGGCAGUUUUCAAAAAGAUGAGAAUUUCUAGCUCUUCAACUCCUUCUAGUUCAGCAAAAUAUGUAAAAAUUUUUCUUCGGAUAGCUGGAGCCGACUAUAUAGUCUGUUCAGAUUUCGAAUGUCAAGCCGUCGCUCAAGCUCCGCCCCUAAUGGUGCGAUAAACCAAUCAGAAAGCGAGCCAUCCACAGAGUGUUUUUGAAUGACGUCAUUGCACUUGACAUUCAAAAUCUGAACAGACUAUAGAGCCGAUUUUAAUUAAAAGAGAAACUUGAAAAAAAAUUCGAUUCUGUAAAAAAUAAAUCCAAAAAUUUCUACAGUAAAUUCCAAUUUUUUUUUUUCAAAAGAAGUCGACCUUAAGUUCCGCUUUUUCCCAACAAAACCUUCAAACUUGAUGAAUAUCGGAGCUUAAUCCAAGGUAAGCCGCGGCGAUUGGCUGGCCACGCCCUCUUCCAAUUGGAGCAUCGCGCAAACGCGUGUCGCUCAGAGAUAAUCCGAUUCUUCAGCCACACUCUACUAAACAGGGCUCCGCCUUCUGUUUUGGAUAAUCCAGGUUACCGGAGCCCUCAGCUCAUUCCGCCUCUCCUCCGAUCAUGCCGAUGGGAAGUAACGAGUUGCCGAGCCAGCGGUUCUCGAUCGAGGAGUUGCUCCGCGAGCAGAACAAGCUGCUCCGAGUUGCCGCCGCGACGUCACCCGGCGGAUCUCCGCACGAUGAUGUGAGUUUUUUUUGAUUUAUUGAAAGAUUCGCUUGAGUUCAAUUGUUUUGGUUCAACUCGGCUCUUUCGUCAAAUAUCAAUCCAAAUGUCUUAGGCUUCAUCAUGGCAAACUGCGCUAUUAUGAGUACUGGGAACAUUUUUAGUGGCCACUAUAGGGUUUUGACGUUUUAGUGACCACUAUAGUAGCCCAAUUAGUGGCCACUGUAGAGGUCUAAGUGUUACUACUAUACAUUUAAAAAUUUGAUUGGCCACUUUAGGGGUCAGUGGAUCAACAUAACUGGACCAAUCUGUUUUUUUGAAAGUUAUCAGAGUUACUGGAAGGAAUACUGGAUGAAAAACUACUGGCUACUAAAACGGAAAAUAGUGGCCGCUAUAGAGGUGGGUUUAGUGGCCACUUCAGUGUCCUUUUCAAGUAGUCCUUGGCAAGCCUUUACAGUGGCUACUAAAAAAUUUUUCAGUAUUUCUAGCAAUGCCUUAAGUGCUCACGCCGCUAAAGCGACCACUAGAAAUGCUCAGAAAUGGCCUGAGCGUUUUCGGUUACCGAAGUCUGAUAUCACUCUGAAGCUUUUCAAAGGAAUCAAAGCUUAUUUUAGAGCUGCGACCAGAAACCUCAACUAGUCCAAGUGACGAUGCCAGCAGAUCUGGCGGCCAGUGUGACCGCCGCCGAGCAACAAAUUCCUUUUUGGCUAGCUGCCGCCGCCUUUCCGCUAGAGCAAAGUCUGCUCAUGGCUCAGCGAAAUGGUAGAUCUAAUUCUCACAGUCUCUGGAACUUUUCUUACAGUAUUCCCACACUUGUGGGCCGCAACUUCCGAUCAGAUGCGACUUGUUCACGGCGGCAAGAACUUCAGAACGUGAGUCACUUUUCAGUCAUUCAAUUUACGUUUUCGCACCAUUAAAUAUUGAAAAAUAUAGAGAUAUGAAGACAUAAAGGAAAAAAAUAGGUUUUCUAGGUCGAGAAGAAAAGCGAGGACCGUUUUCAGUGAUCAACAGCUUCAGGGGCUCGAGCGGCGCUUCGAAUCUCAAAGGUUAGAGCUCAAAAUAUCUUCAGAAAAACUUAGAAUUAAUGUUGAAGACCUCCAGAUAUGAUUUAUAUAGUUGCCAUAUCAAUUUAGUUUUUGUAAACCGUUUCCUUAGAUAAAAUUUUUGACUGAACUGCAACCGUACUCUUCCUUCUCAGCGGCUUGAAACACUCUAGCCUGUCUGCGCUUUCUGGUUUUCACAUGAAACUCAAGGUUAAUGAACCACCCUACAAUGUCAAUGUUGAUUAUUGGAGCGCGAAUACCAAGUUCUAUUAAUAAGGUAAAAACUUUUUCAGGUACCUCAGCACACCUGAGAGAAUUGAACUAGCCAACGCCCUGAAUCUCAGUGAAACCCAGGUUUUUUCCUAACCUCAGAAGUAAUGACUGAUAUGAACCUUCCAGGUCAAAACAUGGUUUCAAAACCGACGAAUGAAGCACAAAAAAGUGGUGAGGAAGGACCAAAAUGACGUCAUCGAGGAUGAGAGUGACGAGUAA